CCAAUUAAUGCCAUUUUGUUAACAUUCGCAAUCGUAUUCUUAUUUGGUAUUUCUGAGAGCAUUGUGGCUCCUAGAAAUGGAUCUUUUGAGGCUGUAAAACUACAACCAGGAUCUCCUCAAAACAGUUUGAAUGAACGAGGCCUUAUGUAUGCUUUACAAAUUAUUGUCUCAUUAAGAUAA